UACAAUUUUACAACCUCAACGUCAAAAAAGUAAAAAAUAAAAAUAAAAAAAACUAUCCGAGGAUCUUAAGAAAUAUCGUAAUGGAUAAUGUCUUUUUCUGGGCAAUGUGUACAUCCUUUUAAAAGUUAUUUAACUUCAGGAAAUGUGAGUUUGUGGUCCAUUAAUCGUGCCCUUGGUGUAAUUUAAAGUAUAUUCAAAAACGUAUAUUCCAACACUAAAAUACAUUGAAUUCAUUUGAAAUUCCAACAAUAAAAAUAAGAAACAUGCAGAAUAUAGAUAUCUAAAGGAUUGUGGUUUCUUGGUUUGCAGUCAAAUAAAGCGGAACAAAUAUUUUUUUAUCUGGCUUUGCGGCUUCCUGAGUGGGAAAUUAAAGAGUUGAUAAUAAACCUUGACAUUCAACACACCAUAACAAGUCCUGCCCCUUAAUCCCAAGAAGGAAACGAGUUGCUGCUCUGACUACUUGCCCCUGAUAAGGUUUACACUGACUUCUCCAUUUGGUGUCUCAGGUUUCAGGACUGAUCUCUGUAUCCUGUUGUUUUUCUUCCACAAAGCACAGUCAGCGUUGAUGGACUUACACUACACCACAGCUGUGACGUGACAAAGUGUGUCUACAGUGUUGUAUCGGAGCGGUAAAGAAAGACUUUAAGUAUCAGAAGAAUGAACAACAGCCACCAGGAAGUAACAGACACCCAGGAAACAGAGUUUGGAGGUGCUGCCCCGCCAAAACAGAAGAGGAUCAUUCACUUCGCCAACGGUGAAACUCUGGAGGAUGAGGACAGCGAAGAGGAAGAAGAGGAGCAGUCAUCAAACAGAGAUCCCUUCACAGAACCUGCAGUGAGGUCCUCCAAGACCCGGUUCUCAUUUAAGAAUGUGGCCUUUCUAGUUGGGAGGGUGUCGCUGUUAAUUUGUGAUUUCCUUGGAGAGAGAACGGCAGGUGCACUUGGACUGAAUGCAGCCAAAUAUCAGUACGCUGUAGAUCAGUAUCAGCGGGACAACAAGACAACAAGCAGCCAAACCAAAAUGGGAGGACAGGCAGAGACAAUCCACCUCUCCUCUGGACUGCACGGGAGUCUUUAUGGAGCUACGGGAGAUUCGAGAUGUCCCACUGACCCCCAAAAGAGCUGCGAUGGGGGAAAAAAUACAGACAGAAAUGAAGGACGUCACAACAGAGCUUAUGAAGGAGAUGAGGAUUGAAAUAAGGCACAUAAGAUCUAUUGUGUAUCGGACGUAAUGCAUGCACGAUUCCUACAAAGUAUGAUGGGGCUGUUUGUAUAGUAAUAAUAAUGUUACAACAGAGAUAUGUGAGGCAAGUGACAUCAUUGCCUUUCCUCGCUUAUGCAGAAAACACUAUUUUCCUACUUGUCCCCUGAAUCCCACUUUGUCCUGUUAAUAGCUUUUAUUUGAAUGUAUUUUUCCACUCACUCUUCUUUAUUCUAUUCUGGGGAAUGAGGAUAUACUAUGCUCACCAUCAGAUGUGAAAUACAGUAUGACUACACUGACUGUUUUUUUUGUUACUGUACAUCUUACGACACUGCCACUCACAAGUGCUUUAAAAGUAUUUCCUUUUUCUAAUGCUAAUGGGGCAAUAUUGCAAAUGUUGUUCAUGUAAUGUUUGCUGUUAACAUUGA